AUGGCUGAGCCAGAACAAAGCCAUAAUAAUACGGCGAAUACCAACAUAAACACCCAAUACAAUGUUAGGAACCUAACUAGCCAAACAGAAGCCGCAGAAUACAAAAUUUAUGAUAAUCCUGUAAGUAGCAACGUUAUCGAAUCAAGUUCUUAUCAAAUGAACACACCUUAUUAUAAUCAUGGAGAAAUAAAUACUCAAUCUAUAAAUUUAUAUAAUAAAGAGAAUUACAUAAAUGGAAAUAGUAAAAUAAUUUUAGACCCUAAUAACUCUUUUAAUGUAUCAUCAUUACAACCCCAAGGUGUAGAACAUUAUGAUUAUGUAAAUGGACCGGUAAGUUAUAUAGACAGUUAUGGUAAUCCAGUAGAAAUUAAUAAUAAAUAUAUCAUAAAUAAUGAAACAGAAAAGACACAAGUUUACCCAAAUGUAAUACCACAAUUAAAUAGUUCGCAUAUGCUUAAUUUAAAUCAUAGCAUUCCAAAUGCUGAUAUAAAUAAAUAUAAUGAUUCUAUCAACCCUAAUGAUAUAUAUGGAUAUUUAAAUGGCAGUGCUACCAAUUCAAAUUAUGAGUAUAUAAUGAAGAACUACGAUGGAGGUCUAUAUAAUAAUAAUAUAAGUAACAUUAUUCCAUUAAAUAAUAUGAAAAAUUUAAGCACUAUGAAUGAAUUAUACGGGACUAAUCAAUUAGGUGAAAUAAAUGAUCCAAAUAGUAUCCACAAUAUAAAAAAUAUGCCAUUUAAUUUACCAUAUAAUAUAAGCAGUUACAACAAUGAAAAUUAUAUUCCAUUACCUGUAGAUAAUUUUCCAUACAUAUUUAAUAAAACACCUAUGGAAAUUGAUGAAGAUGAUAAAAAUUAUUCAAAGCUUAGAAGCACUCACAAUAUUAAUGAUAUUGAUAAUAUUAACAGUAUGAAUAAUAAGAAAACAAAAUGCAUACAUAAUCAUAAUAAAAAUAUCGAUCAACUUCAAGCUAUUGUAUGUCUGCAAAAAUUAGAAGAAAUUCCAGUUCCAUUUUUAAAUGUAAAUGAUGUAAAAUAUUCAAUUAAUGUUUAUUUUAAUUCAUAUGAUGAUAUAUUACAAAAAUACCAAUCAAAUUUUUAUAACUGUAAACUAAAUGAGUCGGAUAAUUAUGCUGAUUGUGAUUUUCAAAAUGAAAUAAUAAGUUUACCAUUUAAUAAUGAAGAAUUUAUUUAUUUAAAAGUUAUAGAAACAUCUGCAUAUAAAACAGAAAUAACUGGAAGACUACAAUUAAAAGUCAAAUCAUUAUCACAAGAAUAUCCGUUAAGAAUACCAGUCAUAGGUGACGAUGGAAAUUCUAAAGGAUUUUUAAUUAUGAACUUUUUUGUUACAUCCUCUUAUCAUUAUAUAAAAAAUGAUAUGCUCAUUGAUAGGGAAUCAUUACCCAAUAAAACUAAAUCAACCAGAAUACGACGAAAAAAUGGUGGGUUCCAUUUUUUCGAAAAUUUUACUAAAUGGUGUUGUGAAAUAACAGACCAUCACAUGAAUUAG